CCGCUGUUAGACGCUCGGGUAGUACGAAAGGCCCAAUUAAGUUAUUGUCAAUCAUUCCACACCAUAUAUUUACAGAGAAUUUUACCUGAAAAUUUGUUUCAACACUGGUAUGUGAAUUAUCCUCAGACCAGCAGUGAUCACUUGGACUGUUAUUGAUUCCAUUACGAGUGAAAGUGGCUUCAUCAGUAAAAAGUAUUACAAAAUUCACAAAAUUCCAAUCUCCUGGAAAAGUCUGUUGGUUCAAGGUGUUGUACUGGUUGAACAUGGAAUGGAUACAAGGUAUGAGUACGCAAUGUUUUCAUACUUUUACAUGAGGAACACCAAGACGAGCAAAAAGUCUUCUUGUACUGGUUCAGAGUUCAGAGUUUGCACACCUGCACGUUGAGAAUGAAUACUUGUACUUGGAACAGAACCGGUUUCAUGCAAUCUGUUGAAUGUUCGAGUAAAUGCUUUUGAAUCUGCUAACACUUGGUUAGGAAACCAUCUCCUAUAGUCACGACGAGCAAUACGUACAUUUCCAUUGCAGAAUAUUCUGCAUGAGUCAAUAUGUGUGGCAUUAUCAACAACUUAGUCGACACGUCAACCAAAUAAUGUUAAAUGUCAUACAUUGACAACAGUUUCACAACAGCCGUGCGUUAUAUCAAUUUAUGCAUUAACUGACUGUAUCUCAAUUACCUUUGAGAAUUGAGCACAUGUUUUUAGGAACUAUUCUGCUUAAAAUGAACAAAUCUAUAACAUAUUAACGUAUGUACUAUUCCUCAUGAAUCACCCUGUAUUAUGAACCAUAAAUCUUAAAGUAACAACAUUGCAACACACGAAUAGAAAAAAUUAAUUUGCUAAUUCAAACCCAACCCAUCCCAUGCGUGACGUCACAAACGGACCUUCGAGCUGUCCAUCUGUUACUGUUAUGGCACUUAUGUAACACUUAUAUUCUACCGUCCAUGGUAUAAAUCCGAAUUUGUGUACAUUAAAAUUAUUCAUUCAAAUUUUAUCAUGUAACUGACUUUUAGCUACAACAGACACUUCCUUCCCCGUAUUAUUCCGUUAUAUCGAGGUCUCACUGUAUUUCAUCAUUAAAUUGUUUACGUAUUUUUUUAGAGUUUACUUUUACGAGGUUUGGGAAGGUCAAAAAUUUUAUUUAAAAAUGUUUCUUUAUCAGCUAUUGUUACAUUGGCAUUAAGACCUUUGAUUUCUGCAAAUUUUUCCGAUAAGUUAAUGACUAUGUUUUUGAUUCAUAUUUUAUCAGUUCCUGGACUUAUUCAACACUUAGAAACAUUAACACCUGAGUGCAUAUCCAAAUUAGUUUCGCAUAAAAUAUUUCCGAAGAGUUUGGAGUUGUUGGCAAGCCAACAAUCAAUGAGAAUUGUGUUUAAUACGUUAGAAGGAAAUUAUGCUUUAUGUUUAUUAGCAAAUUUACUUCAAUUGGCCCAAGUCGAAAAAGACACAACUUUACCUGAAUUAUGUUUUCCUACUUUCACUGUUGUUAUAACUGGAUUAUUAGAAAGUUGCCAAAACUAUGUAGUUAGUAAACAAUCAAACUUAACACAUUGGCAUCCAGUUUUGGGUUGGUUUGCUCAACCAAUGGAUCCAUCUUUACAUGCUGCAAUGCCCCAUGUUAAGACUCAAUUACAUAUUUUAUGGAAUUCACAAAUGAUAUCAAUUUUAUUAGGUAAUUAUUUAUCAGAAAUGGUUAAAGAUGUUUCAUUACCUCAAGUAGCAGCAAGUCCAACUACGUCUCAUUUUAGUGGUGCUAAUUUUAUAAAAAGAGCUUUAGAAUCUCGCGGAAAUCGAGCCAAUACCCAACGAGUUUAUCGAUCGUUGGGGAGUCCAGAGGUUUAUCGUAUCGUUCUUUUAUGUUCCAUGUAUCAUACAGCAUUGAAUACAUUAACUCAAUUAAGACUUGAUAUUUUAACCGGUUUGUGUUAUCAAGGAGAAAUUUUAUAUAAUUUAUGGUUAUUUCUUUGUUCGCUUGGACCAAAUUGUGGAAUAAAAACUUUUCUGGAUCAUUUAGCUUUUCAUACUAAAAGUAGCACACCUGAAUUUCAACUUUUACAAUUAUUUGCGGAUUGUAUGACACAUUACAUAACAAUUUUAGAUGAUAUGGAAAUGUACGAACAACAAUAUCCCUUUAGAUUAACAGAUUUAAUCUUAAUGUCAAGUUUUGUUAAUGUAUUUUUAUACAAAGCGGUUUUGGGGAAUUUAUUUGAUUUAAAAACGAUACAAAGCAACAUUCUAUUCCAAUCAUUACACACGUUAUUAAUGGUGCUAUAUAAAAGAGAUUGCAGAAGAAAUUAUUCGCCGCAAGGACAUUGGUUGAUUAAAGAGAUUAAAAUCUCAACGUUUAUGACGGAUUUAGAUAAAGGGAGAAGAGCCCCGCAACUUUUAUUGCAAAGUAUGCCUCAUAUCAUUCCUCACGAGGAACGAGUCCGUCUAUUUCGGAAAUAUAUCACUAACGAAAAAACCGUUUUGGGUUUAACAGAAUCUGCUUGUGCUUCACCACAAUCUACACUAAUUACAAUUCAUCGAGCAAGAAUUGUUGAAGAUGGUUAUAGACAAUUAGCUUUAUUACCAGCUCAAGCUCUAAAAGGUGUAAUUCGUGUACGUUUUAUAAACGAGCAAGGUUUAGAUGAAGCGGGAAUUGAUCAAGACGGUGUUUUUAAAGAAUUUCUUGAAGAAAGUAUAAAAAAAAUUUUCGAUCCAGCAUUAAAUUUUUUUAAAGGAACUAGUGAAGGACGUUUAUAUCCAUCUCCGACGUCUUGUAUGCAAGAAAACCAUCUCCAAUUAUUCGAAUUUGUCGGGCGAAUGUUGGGAAAAGCCGUUUACGAAGGAAUCGUCGUCGACGUUCCUUUCGCCCUUUUCUUUUUAAGUCAAGUGCUGGGACAAACCGCCCAAGCGCUUUAUAGUUGCGUCGAUGAAUUGCCCUCUUUGGACGAUGAAUUGUAUAGAAGUUUGAGUUAUAUUAAACAUUUUAAGGGGGACGUUGCCGACUUGGAUUUGACUUUUAGCGUUGAUGAGGAUAGUUUGGGGCAAUUGGUUACGCAUGAAUUGAUUCCCGGUGGAAAAGCUGUGCCUGUUACAAAUGAAAAUAAGAUUAAUUAUAUACAUUUAAUGGCACAUUUUCGGAUGCACGUACAAAUUAAGGAUCAAACAAGUGCAUUUAUUAGAGGUUUUAGGUCAAUUAUUAAUCAGGAGUGGUUAUCACUUUUUUCAACACCAGAAUUACAAAGAUUAAUUUCCGGUGAUAACGUUCCGCUUGAUUUGAGAGAUUUGCGGAAACACACUCAAUAUUAUGGAGGUUUUCAUGAUUCACAUCGAGUUGUGUGUUGGUUGUGGGAUAUUUUAGAAAAAGAUUUUACUGAAGACGAAAAAGGAAUGUUCUUAAAAUUUGUAACCAGCUGUUCAAAACCACCACUUCUUGGUUUCGCACAUUUAGAGCCCCCUUUUUCAAUAAGAUGCGUUGAAGUGGGUGAUGAUGAAGACACAGGAGACACAAUCGGCAGUGUAAUUCGAGGAUUUUUUACGAUAAGAAAAAAAGAUCCUUUGAAUCGUUUACCGACGUCUUCGACCUGUUUCAAUCUUCUAAAACUUCCAAACUAUCAAAAAAAGAGUACUUUAAGAGAAAAACUUCGUUAUGCUGUUACUUGUAACACUGGUUUCGAAUUGUCGUAAUGAUUUUGAUUGGGAAAAGAAAAUGUAUUUAAAAUAAUGAGAAAAAAAGUAUUGUGAUAUCUGUUUCUAUAAUUAAUUUAAAUG